AUGUCAGCACCAAACUCGACGCUAUCGGACUCGGAUAUCGAGACUCUAAACAGUAUCGGGCAUGAUACUGUGGAGAACAUCGUUGCGCUCGUUGUGGAGUCCGUCUUGUACACUAUAUACUUUGUCCUUGUCGUCUUCGCUGGACGUAUUCUCCUCAACUCUAAAAGCCGCACGAAGAUCUCCAUCGGCAUCUUUGGUGUCGUUCUCACUAUGCUAUUACUCGACACGGCUAUGUGUAUAAUCGAUGUGAACAACGCCAUCCGGGAGAUAACCUUCACACUCUACGCUACGGCGUCCGGGACUUUAGCUGACCGGUAUAAUAACCUCGUUUUGCCUUGGCCAGUUGAGAACGCUCUGUAUGCCUUUAUGUCAAAUCUAGGAGAUGUCGUUAUCAUCUGGCGUACAUGGGCAUUCUAUAGGGAUCCGCGCGAACGCUGGGUCCUUCUUCUUCCUAUCAGCCUCCUAGUGGGAUCCUUCACGACCUCGUGUCUCAUCGCGUACUGCGUGGCAAAGCUUGACGCGGACCCCGAACUCGGCGACUUCGUGAAUCCUCCGUUCUGCGUCAAUAUGCAGAUCGCAUCCUACUCUAUGGCACUGGCUACCACGGCGGUGGCAACGGCCAUGAUCUGUUGGAAGACUUGGAUCUACCGUCGCACCAUUGGAACCACCAUACGAUCCAACAACAGAAAGACGCGCGUUGAGAAGAUCAUGACUAUCCUGAUCGAAUCUGGAGUGAUCUACUUCUUCUUUUUCUUAUCGGCCGUCGUAGACGAUGCAGGAAACGUCCCCAACCUCGAAGAAUCCACGCUUCAAUUGCAGUUCGCGAGUACUGUUUGGACGUACAUGACGAGUCAUAUUCUCGGCAUCUAUCCUGUGAUCGUCGUCAUACUGGUCCACUCGCAGCGCUCCUACAUCGAAAGCGUGACGACGACGACCGCAGCCUCCUCCACGCUCCCGUCGCGCUACUCGCACUCGCACUCCGGAUCUCAUUCAACUCCAGCACAUAAACCAUGGAUAGGCACGAGCACUGUCAGCAGCACAGGCUCGCAUGCCAAACCAGCUCCCUUUGUACCAGGGCGAGAUCAUUUUCUUGACAUUGACGUGCACGAGCUUCGGCAGGUCCAUGCUGACCCUUCGAUCGAUGAUGUAAAUGGACAGACAAGCGGCGCAGGCGAAGAGUCAGAGCUUCAAUCGGUCAAACUACCUGAGAAAGUAGGAGACCCUGUAGCCGUUUGA